AUGGGGCAAUGCCAAAGCAAAGAGGAUCUCGGGGCCUCCGCGGUCAUAGACGGCGGCAGCGGCGGCAGCGGUGCCCCCGUAUCAAAGUUGCUCGCUCAGCGCCGCCGCAGCCAGGAGCCGCGCCCAGCCGGCGGCGCGGCCGCCGCCACCGUCGCGGCGGCCGCUGCCAAGGCGCUCCGCCGCGCGGCGUCCCUGGUGCCCAGGGCCGCCUCGGGGGCGCGGCAGGCGGCCGCGUUUGAGGAGCCGCUUGAUCUUAUGGAGUCGCCCACCAACCCUGAAUUGGACAACAUAUUAACCCUGGCCACGGGAAUAUUCGGCGCCCCAACGGCGGUUCUCGCGCUCUUCCACGAUAAGCGGGUGCGACCGCCGGCGCCGCGUGCCGGGCGGCCGGCCGGAGAUGGCCCGCCGUCGCGCCGGGCGUGCGGCUGGCUGCUCGCCCGGCUGGCGAGCUCGCGCUUUUUGGACGCCGCAGGCCGCCAUGCAUGA